AUGGGUAGAGAUCACAGCACCAAGCAACACGCUAGAGUUUCUCACAGAACUGCUCCAAAGUCUGACAACGUCUACUUGAAGACUUUGGUCAAGUUGUACGCUUUCUUAGCUCGUCGUACUGAAGCUCCAUUCAACAAGGUUAUCUUGAGAUCUUUGUUCUUGUCUAAGAUCAACAGACCUCCAGUUUCUGUUUCCAGAAUUGCCCGUGCUUUGAAGCAAAAGGGUUCUGCUGAAAAGACCAUUGUUGUUGUUGGUACCGUUACCGAUGACAACAGAUUAUUGGCUUUCCCUAAGGCUACUGUCGCUGCUUUGAGAUUCACUGCUGGUGCUAAGGCUACCAUCUUGAAGGCUGGUGGUGAAGUUAUCACUUUGGAUCAAUUGGCUUUGAGAGCUCCUAAGGGUCAAAACACCUUGAUUGUUAGAGGUCCAAGAAACGCCAGAGAAGCUGUUAGACACUUUGGUAUGGGUCCUCACAAGAACAAGGCUCCAAGAAUCAUGUCUAAGGGUAGAAAGUUCGAAAGAGCUAGAGGUAGACGGAGAUCUAGAGGUUUCAAGGUUUAA